GGAAGUCGACUCGGAACCCUACAUGCGCAUCAAUUCAUUCGAUUGUAUAUCACCACCAUCGAUCGAAAAUCAUCCGGAACAAACUAGCGUCCGUGUCUCCAACACCGCCUCGUCUCUCUACUCAGGAGCUACCGCCUCCGACCCCGCCGACGAUGCCGCCCAAGGGGCAGCCUUCGAAGGCAGAUCUCGCUAAGAAACAGAAGAUCGUCGAGGACAAGACCUUCGGCUUGAAGAACAAGAAAAAGAGCAAAAAUGUCCAGAGAUAUGUCCAGAACCUGCAGCAGGCCGUCCAGCCCAAGCCCGAUGCUUCAAAGAUCGCUGUGAAGAAGAAGAAGGAAGAGGAGGCGGCUCGCGAGAAGGAGCUCAACGAUCUGUUUAAGAUCGCCGUCAGUCAGCCCAAAGUCCCAGUUGGUGUUGAUCCUAAGUCGAUAGUGUGCGAGUACUACAAGGUUGGGCAGUGUAUGAAAGGAUUCAAGUGCAAGUUUUCACAUGACCUAAAUGUUCAGAGGAAGGGUGAAAAGAUCGACCUGUACAGUGAUAAGCGUGAUGAAGAGACGAUGGAGGACUGGGAUCAAGAGAUGUUGGAGAAAGUUGUGGAGACGAAGAACAAGGAGUAUAAUCAGAACAAACCUACUGAUAUUGUCUGUAAAUUCUUUUUGGAAGCAGUGGAGAAGAAACAGUAUGGGUGGUUUUGGGUUUGCCCAAAUGGUAGCAAGGAAUGCCAAUAUAGGCAUGCACUUCCUCCUGGUUAUGUAUUGAAGUCCCAGAUGAAGGCAUUGCUUGAGGAAGAAACCGAAAAGAUAUCAGUUGAAGAGGAAAUUGAAAAUCAGCGAGCAAAAGUUACUACAACAACUCCUCUUACUCCUGAUUUGUUCAUGCAAUGGAAAAGGAAAAAGAUGGAAGAAAAAGAAGCAGGACUGGCUGCAAUGCGUGCUGAUAGGGCAAAGAAUGAUCGCAUGAGUGGUCGGGAGUUGUUUCUGUCAGAUUCAAGUUUAUUUGUUGAUGAUGAUGAAGCAUAUGAGAAGUACAAUAGAGAAGAGCAACCUGAAUCUACUGAACAAAUGUUGCAGGCCCAGAGUGAACCUAAGAUGGAUGCACAAACUUCUUCCGCCUCAGCCUCUGCCGACCAUGCUAAAGCAGCAGUUGAUGACGAUGUCGAGGAUGAUGAUGUCGACGAUGAUGAUGAUGAUGAUGAGCUGGAUAUUGAUGAGUUAAAUGAGCUUGAAGCAAGCUUAUCAAGAACGUCUAUCCAGAUACGUGAGCCAGGCACCCGGGCAUAAUUGCAACUUGCUGUAGUUGAGAAUUGCCAGCUUUUUCUCCCAAGCAACUUCCUAAAGCUUGUCAAUUCUCAUUAAAGAUUUGUCUUGCUAUAGCGAAGAUGCUACUUUUGAUGCAGUAAUCGUUUUCGCAAGGUAUGUGACACUGAACGAUCGUGAACUUUGUAUAUUUAUUUUUUUUUUCUGUUAAUUUCGACAUUUGGUAAUUCUUGAUCGGUACAUCCAUCCAAGAUGAUCAUGCAUUGAUGUCUGAAUGUUGUUUUAGAAAAUUCGACUUUCGUUA